CGUUAACUUACCAGAGCCUUAGGAUGAGUACAGUCAGGGCCUUCAGUGCUCCGGGGAAAGCUCUUAUUGCAGGAGGAUACUUGGUGUUGGAUCCAGCUUACAAUGCCUAUGUUACUGCGCUAUCAUGUCGAAUGCACGCGGUGAUUGAAUCACGAGAAGUAGCCGCUAAAUCCAAGAUUACAAUUGAUUCACCGCAGUUUGGAAAGGGCCAUUGGGUGUACGAGAUGAAAGACGAGGAGUUUCGAGUUGAACAGGUCGAAGGAGACCUGAAUCCGUUUGUUGGGGCUGCUGUGGAAACGAUAUUGAAGUAUGUUGAACCAAGAGAAUCAUUCAAUUACCAUAUCACCAUUUAUAGUGAUGCCGGAUACCAUACUCAGCAAGAUACUAGGGCGGUCAAAAGCGGGAAUGGGGCCAAACAGUUCUUGUAUCAUCUGGAGCCCAUUGGCCAAGUAGCCAAGACCGGGUUGGGGAGUUCAGCAGGAUUGGUUUCGGUUAUCACUGGAUCAUUAUUGAGUGUAUUUAAGAAAAGUUCAUUAGACGAAAUCAAAGAUAAGAUACAUAAUUUAGCACAAAUAAGUCACUGUUAUGCUCAGAAAAAGGUUGGGUCGGGAUUUGAUGUUGCUGCUGCCAUUUAUGGAUCAAUUAUCUAUAGAAGAUUUCAUGCUAGUGUUAUUGAUGAAUAUUUUCAAAAUCCAAAACAAGAAAAGUUACAAGAAAUUGUUAACAAUCAAUGGGAUUUCAAACAUGUUAGAUGUGCAUUACCUCCAGGUAUUAAAUUAUUGAUGGGAGAUAUUAGUGGAGGUUCAGAGACUCCAAAAUUAGUAUCAAAAGUAUUAAAAUGGAAAAAUGAGGACCCUAAUACUAGUAAAUUAUUAUACGAAAAUUUGAAUUCCGCUAAUAUGUCCUUGGUUAAUGCAUUAGAUCAAUUACAUAAAGAAUACGAAGAAAACGAAUCAAACUAUCGGGAUAACUUAAAUAAGUUUAGUACAAAUUCGAUUAUUUCUUCAAAUUUACAAUCUUUAGUCAAUUCAUUACAUGACAUUCGUCAAUAUUUGAAAAAACUUACCAAUUUGACUGGGGCUGAUAUUGAACCAGAACUGCAAACUAUUCUACUUGAUGCCUGUUUUACGUUACCAGGUUGUUUUGGCGGUGUUGUUCCUGGUGCCGGUGGGUUUGACGCCAUAAGUUUACUCGUUGUGGAAAGCAAAGUCGACCAAAUCCUCAAUCAAACAAUGUCUGACUCGAGAUUCUCAAAUGUCUCUUGGUUGAAUCUCCAUGAAGAAGCCGAAGGUAUCUUAGAAGAAAAUCCAGCUGACUAUAAGGACUUAUCUGCAUGAUCAAUUCCCUAACUUGCCUAUGUUCUUUUCUUUAUCUAUCAUUCCACAACAAGAUUUUCACUGACGAGGCUGUUAACUAUAGACUACCGUCUACUGCCUCAUGCUUUUUGUUAUGCUUUUAUUUUC